AUGGGAGACGCUAUAUCGGGGAAGCCUCAUAACGCUUGGCUUGGUGCCAAAGGCCCAGCAGCUCUUGAUCUCCGCAGUGAUACGGUGACAACUCCUACGCCAGCUAUGCUUGAGGCUGUUUCGUCAUGCUCCUUGCUCGAUGAUGUCUUCCAGGAAGACCCUGUCACAAACGAUCUUGAAGCCUAUGUUGCAGAGCGCACUGGGAAGGAAGCUGGCCUUUUUGUUCUCUCCGGUACAAUGGGAAACCAACUCGCUCUGAGGUCUCUUCUUACACAACCACCCUACUCGGUGCUAUGCGAUUAUCGCGCUCAUAUCUUUACGUCUGAAGCUGGCGGCACCUCAAAUCUUACAGGGGCUCAAAUUCAGACUGUCAUCCCCAAGAAUGGCAGGCACAUGACCCUUGAAGAGAUUCAGGAGAAUGUGACUUUGGACGAUGAUGUCCAUGGUUGCCCUACGCGUGUCAUCAGUCUUGAAAACACCCUUCACGGUAUGGUGAUGCCCCUCAGCGAAGUGAAGCGCAUCUCCGAGUUUGCCAGAGAGCAUGACAUCAAACUCCAUCUAGAUGGCGCACGAUUGUGGGAAGCCGUUGUAUCUGGGGCCGGUUCUCUAACAGAAUACUGCUCUUAUUUCGACACCAUCAGUCUGUGCCUUUCAAAGGGUCUCGGUGCUCCCGCUGGAAGUGUCCUUGUCGGCCCCAAGGCAACGCUGAAGCACGCUCGCUGGGUGCGCAAGUCCAUCGGCGGCGGUCUUCGCCAGUCCGGCGUCCUCACCUCCGCAGGACGCGUUGCCAUCGAGCAGACCUUUGGAAAGUCGCCCAACGGUAGAGAUGGACCUCUGCAGGCUUCGCACGAAAUGGCGCGCAAAGUCGAUGACCUCUGGACCAGUAUGGGAGGUAAGAUCAACGAGCCUACAGAGACCAACAUGGUUUGGUUAGACCUCAAGGCUACGGGGUGUAGUCUAAAGAGGUUCAUCGAGAUCGGAGCAGAGGCUGGGCUCAAGUUGAUGUCUAAUCGGUUGGUGACGCAUUAUCAGGUUGCGCAGAAUGAGGAGGAGGUUAUGCGACGCUUGAAGGUGGUGUUUGAAAAGGUUCUUGGUGAGAGCACUGAUUCGGGUGCGCAGCAGAGGAUUGGAAAGGAUAGUGUAUAUUUAUCUCGAUAG